AUGGAACUUGCGAAUACCCCUUUUUCAGCGAAGCAGCACAUGGACGAUGGUAAACUCCAUAUCAUUCUGGCAGCUAGCGGAUCUGUCGCCACGAUAAAGCUCUCCAAUAUAGCAGAAGCUCUCGGCCAUCAUCGGAAUGUGUCAAUUCGAAUCAUUGUAACCCAGUCAGCCGAGAAGUUUCUCAUUGGUCAGAGUCUGGAGCAACCAGCACUCGAGAGCCUACGCCAAACUCCCGGCGUAGAUGCUAUAUACCGAGACGAAGACGAAUGGAAGAAUCCAUGGGUUCGAGGAGAUCCAAUAUUGCAUAUUGAACUGAGGAAAUGGGCUCACUUGCUGCUUAUUGCCCCUCUUUCUGCAAACACGAUGGCUAAGAUGAUUGCCGGCAUUGCGGAUAACCUCCUUCUCUCGGUCAUUAGAGCAUGGGACACCACCGGGGUGGUGGACUUUGACCUUAAGGACAAGAAGCCUCUCGUGUUUGUUGCCCCUGCGAUGAAUACUGCGAUGUGGAGCCAUCCUGUCACAAGGAAGCAACUCACAAUACUACGAAAUGAAUGGGGUUGGAGUUCUUCUAACAAAGACGGUUGGGUUUGUAUUCUUCCUCCGAUUGAGAAAUCUCUAGCCUGUGGUGAUACUGGGAACGGCGGUAUGAUGAACUGGAGGGAUAUAGUUGAGAGCGUGGAGGAUUACACAGGCUUGAAAACGGCAAACUCCGGCGCCGAAAAGAGAUAA